AUGGAUGAAUCGUUUCCCCGCUCAAGCCCCCUUCUCAGGGAGCUUGCGGCUGCCACCAAACAAAGAAAGCCUGAUGGGACGUCUCAAGAUUAUGUUGACCAAGGCUUUGCUGUUAUCAUAAAUGCCUCCGAGUACCACAGAAAACUUCAAGAGAAGGCUAUCAGGCAUGAGUUCAUCCUGCAACGCGAUUACAUGGACAAAAGGUUCGAGACCAUUGAAGAGCGUAUUGAAAUGGUCGACCGUGGGCUUCAAAGCCAUAUGGAUGAUCAGUAUAGGGGUGUGAACCGUCGAUUCGAGAAAGUCGAAAAGAAAUUGGAGGGUAUGGAGCAAAGGAUGGACAAGAAAUUUGGAGAACUAGAAGCUGCAAUUCAUGAUUUCCGUGCUAUGACUGUAAAUGGGAACGCAGACAGAGGCAUAAAGGCUUUGCAACCAGUUGGCGUAUACCAUCCAAAUCGUGGAUAUUUUGUUCCAGAAAAUUUUCCUCGAACCGUGGGGGAGUUCUGGAAAUUAAAGAGGACGUCUAAAUUACCUCAGUUAAUAUCUCUGUGUUUGUUCUAUGGGAUCACCCGUGAAGAGCUUACUGGGCUUGAUAUGGACGAGGACACCGAGGAAACUGAAGCAUAUACCUCCCUAACACUAAAGCAGUUGAUCGAAAAGUACCCAGAUUUAGCCCACAUGGCGUUGGCUGAUCGAUUCGGGCUUAAGUACGCUGUCGUGGCAGAAUUCAUGAAACGACUAGAAGAAUUUCGGGAUCAGUCCACAGGCAAAAGAUCCGUUAUAGGCCAAGGAACCGAAGCAACGAGGAAAUCUGCUCGGAUUGAACGUUCACGACAGGGUGAUGCUAACAUCGAAAGCGGAUCACAUAAGUCGGUUCCACCAUAUCAGCGAUUUUCCGAACAUGAGGUUGUCCCGCUAGAGCUACUCUUGAAAAAUACACCAUCCACCGUCGAGUCUAUUCGUUCGGAUAGGACUCAGCUGGGCUGGGCCAAAACCAGUGAACGAGAAAGAUUCGAUGCGUAUAUGGCUGAGAUAAAUGAAAGAAGAGAGCGGGAAGAAGAUCAAAAGCUGGAGGCAGAGCGCAUCGCUGCCCUCCCUUAUCAAGUUAUACCUGCUGCUGGCGUGUCGGAUUCGACGAAGCAAAGUCCUUCAAAGAACCCUUCAUAUUCGAAUACCUCCAGCCGAGCUGGGAGGGUACAAGAGCGAGAAUCCGAAGUUGCAAAGAGCCCAGAGUCUGGCGACACACAGAGCCAAAGGACUGUCUCCACAGAGCUUAUUGAGUCUCCAGCUAGGGCACCGCGCACCCAGCUCCAGCCUGCCUUCCGCCCGAAAUCUACCAAAAGCCAGCGCAGCGCGAAGGGGAUGAAAGAAUAGAAAUACAUUUUUACUCCCAUAUGCCUAUUUGUUUUGCCCUUGAAGUUUGGAUAUUUACUCUUUCCAGCCUUAAAAAGGAAAAUUCCCCCUGGUAGAAUGCUGCUUGGUACUACCUUUUUAAUACCCUGGCAGUUUGGAUGAACUUAACAGUACGGUCAGAUUAGUCUUAUGAUCUAACGCCUGGUCCUCAAGUCUAUACCCACGUAUAUACAAUUUAAUGCGAUAUAACUCCAUGGAAA